AUGGAAACGCAAGAAGAGAAACUACAUACAAUUAACAAUCUCUUGACUUGCCAGAGAGUUCAGCUAAAUGUGAACAAAAGGCAAGAAGACAGCUCACGCGCUGUCGCCACAAUCUUAACUCGUCAGAUUAGCAUUUUGGAUGCGAAAGACGAGGAGAUGUCCACAGACAUCGCAACAGACCUUGUGAUUCACAGGUCUACCACAACGUCAACGUUGGGAAAUUGUGAAUCUCAUAUUGACCAAAAUACAAGCAACAAACGAGCAAUAAACAAGCCCAGUCAAAUGCCAUUCAAUACUUGCAAUUUACUUCCAAAUACAACUAAAUUAACAGAUCAUUACAUUGAUAUACGUCCAAAAAUAUUAGUUCCACAUAAAACGAUCACUGUAGACCAUACGUUUCAAACAGAAGCUUCGAACAAUAAGCGAAAUUGUGCAUCUGAACAAAAUGGCGAUUUUCGUCAAAGUAGGUUAGAGUACUGGUUAGAGGUAAACCGAAGUAAAUUAAAACCAAAAACAUCCCACACUAAGCGUGACCGAGAACCCUCUCGGAUACCUGCCAAAAAAGUAUUGAAACAAAUGAGAAAAAAUAAGCAGUUAAAAUAUAAAAUUAAGUUAUUUAUAAAACGUUGUGUUCCUAAGUCCUCAUUAUGGCAUAAAUUCCUUUCCAAGACUUACAGAAAAUAUAUUUAUUACCGCAUAACCAAUGUCUUCGCUUUAGAAAGCUCGUUCGCACGGCCAGUAAAAAUUAAAAAUACAUACUGCUCCAAUUUAAAAAGACAAAGAACGAAAAAACAUAAAUUACACGAGAAGAAGGCUGUAAACUCACAAUUCACUUCUCCACAUGAACCUAAUAUUCAGAGGGCACAGACGGCAAGAAGGCUUGGUUUAAUUUUGUGUGGCGAUGUUGAGCUAAACCCAGGUCCUCUGACCCCUAUGUCUGUUUUGAUUGAACGAUUGUUACUAAUAGGUCGCACACCAGUUAAUAUUAUCGGUGAUGGGAACUGCUUUUUCCGAAGUGUAAGCCACCAGCUGUAUGGGACCGAAUGUAACCAUUUACAAAUACGCUCAAUAGGAAUUCAGCAUCUUAUUAACCACCCAGAAUAUUUUAUAGAAAGUAACACUGAACGUUCGUGGUUACACUAUAUUCAAAAUAUGUCUUGUGACGGAACAUGGAGUGAUAAUAUGAUCAUUCAGGCCGUUUCAAAUGCUCUCAAUUUAACAAUUCAUAUAAUAGAAACAGCAGCAAAUUUCUCUGAGACUACAAUUAUACACCCUGUAAAUAUCCAGCCACAGAAUACAAGGCAUAUAUAUAUUGGACACCUAGACGAAAUGCAUUAUGUUUCCACAUUGCAAGUCAACAGGCAAAAUGCCCCUCUAAACCCAACAGACGGGCAAAGCCAAAAUAAGACAAAAAACUGUAAUAAAAACAAUAACUCGAGCUGUAAAACGUUUAUGAAUGUGAAUCAGCUUUCAGUGCCAAAGCCAAGAACUGAGUAUAUGAGAGAAUAUAUGGAAAAAAAGAAGGAUGGACCGCCAGUUUAA